AAAAUUGGAUUAAUUUGACGAAGUAGAUCGUUUUGUUCUUGGUGAAGGGAAAAAAUGGGUAGUGGAAACUCAAAAGCCGACAAAAAUGAAGCCUUGCGUCUAUGUAAAGAGAGAAGGAGAUUCAUAAAGCAAGCCAUUGAUUCAAGGUAUGCUCUUGCGGCUGCUCAUGUUUCUUAUGUUCAAUCUCUUAGAAAUAUUGGUAUAGCUUUAAGAAGAUUUUCUGAAGCUGAGAUGUUGAUAGAGUCUUCCGUAAUAACCUCGGCUACUGAGCUUGAGAAAACCCCUUCCCAGUCCUCAUACCCUUCACCAUCUCCUCAUUUAGGAGCUGAUGUUUCUGAUUCACCAUUGGAGAAUGGGAGUCCCAUUUCACCGGUAACCACGAAUUUGAGUUACAUGAGAGAAGGGAAUAGUGCUGCUGUGACUGUCAAGGUGAAUCCUGCUAAUGGUAGUUCUUUGGAGGAUGAUUCAUUGGCAAUGGCUAUGCCGCCACCCCCACCUCCUCCUUUUACCUCAGGCUCUUGGGAUUUCUUUGACCCUGUUGAUGACAGUGAGAGUUUUAGAUUUAUGGGGAACAAUGGAGUUGAUGUGGAUUUUGAGGAUGUGAGUGGGUGGGAAGAGUUUAGGAGUAAAGGGAUUGAUCAUGGUGAUUUGGAUGAAAAUAAUGAGUUCACUGAGGGAACUUUGUGGCCUGAAUCAGAGAGAAAAGCCAUCAAAGUGUUCGAUAGUCUUUCCACUCGAAACUACAGUCGUAGUUCAAUGGAGCAUGAUAUGUUUUUAAUUGGAUUAGGAGGAAAUGGUGGUACUAGGCUGACAAAUGACAAGGAAGUGGACCAUAAUGUCAAUGGUCCAGGUGAAACUUUGGGGAGCAAAGGUACUCUUGAACAAUCAAGUUCAAAGAGGGGAAAAACUAUGGGAGAGAUAGAUUUAUCUGCAGAAAGAGAAGAUCCUUCUGAGUUUAUAACCCAUAGAGCCAAGGAUUUUCUUUCAAGCAUAAAGGAUAUUGAACAUCGAUUCUUCCGAGCCUCGGAAGCAGGCAGAGAAGUGUCUCGGAUGCUUGAGUCGAACAAAAUCAAGGUUGGAUAUUUAGAAGCUGAAGGGGGAUCCUCAACAUUGCUAUCAGCUUUGCAACCUGUUUGCUGUCGUGGGAAGACUGCUUUGGUUUCUCAUGAGCCAGUACACCAUGUAACUAAAGUCAUACAUUGGAAGAGGUCAGCAUCUUGGAGGUCUUCUUCAUCAAGGAACCCACUAACCACGGCCGAUGCUGAUGACAGUGGAAGUGAUUUCAUCGAAGAGUUCUGCAUGAUUGCUGGUAGCCAUUCGUCCACCUUGGACAGACUGUAUGCAUGGGAAAGAAAACUAUACGAUGAAGUGAAGGCUAGUGAAUCUAUCAGGAAGGAGUAUGAUCAGAAGUGUAAUCAGCUCAGACACCAGUUUGCUAAAGAUCUUAGCACCCAAGUGAUUGAUAAAACGCGGGCAGUUGUAAAGGAUCUACACUCCCGAAUUAGAGUGGCACUUCAUUCUGUUAAUAAUAUAUCGAAGCGAAUUGAAAAAAUGAGGGAUGAAGAGUUGCUGCCACAACUUGUAGAGUUAACUCAGGGAUUGCUCAGAAUGUGGAAGGCAAUGCUUGAAUGCCAUCACUCACAGUAUAUCACCAUCUCACUGGCAUACCAUUCGAGGAACUCAACGGAUGCGCCACAGGGAGAUACGAGGAGGCAGAUUAUGGCUCAGCUUCGGCAAGAGAUUGAAUGCUUUGGUGUAAGCUUUACCGACUGGGUCAAUAGUCAUGCAUCUUAUUUGGAAGCUUUGAAUGGAUGGCUGCAAAACUGCAUCAAAGAGCCGCAGGAACGUUCGAAGAAUCGGUAUCCAUUCUCACCUCAUCGAUAUCUGGGAUUUGGACCACCGAUAUUUGUCCUAUGCCGUGAAUGGUCAGCUGGGAUAAAAGCCUUGCCAGCUGAGGAACUUAGCACUGCCAUCAAAUCCUUCUUAUCCGAUAUUUGUCAUCUAAUGGACGAACAAGUAGACAAACUACAAAAGAACGACAAAUCAGUCGAUGGAACCCACAGAGAAUCGGGGAGCAAAGACGGUCUUAGCUUGUUAACAGAUGGCGAUACAAAUGAUGAUGUAUCUUCAAACUUGAGCUGCAUACAGGCAAGUCUGACUCGUGUUCUUGACAGAUUAAACAAGUUCUCGGAGGCAUCGGUGAAGAUGUACGAGGAUGUUAGACAAAUAAGUGAUGCUGCUCGAAUUGCGUACCUCAAGUUGCAGGCGAACUAGAUUGUGUAAAGCUAUGUGAUGAUUAAAAAUGAAAGCAACAUUAAGAUUUGGGGUAUGGAAAUAUAUGGUUGUGAAUUAAGAAGUGGCAAGUAAACAU